UUUUCUAUUGAUUGCAUGUUGAAAUCUCACUUUGGAUAUAUUGGGUUAAAUAAAGUAUAUCAUUAAAAUGUUUAAACUUAUGUGCCUAUAAGAAACUUCCAAAAUUACACAGGUGGUUGCGGUAUAUUUCUCUUGGACAGCACUGGUCUGGAGGACGACAAAAAUCAAGAUACGUUUGAAUCACGCCAUGUCUUUAGGGAAAAGAAGAGUUUCCUUUCCUAUUGCUUACGGGCUCCUCACAAGAAUCAGCUGAAAGAGAAAAGCCCUGGCUCCCGCCCCAGUCACUUCUAAUCCUGGUUCCCCGCGCCAAGAAAGCCAGGAACGGGCAAGCCUGGCAAGGCAUUGAAAGGGAACAGGACCCCCCGAGUACAGGAUGCGUUUUUGCCCCACAAAAGUCCCUUGAGGGUGGGGGACGGCAGCUGCUGAGGCUCAGGAAAGAGGGGAGCACACGGGAUGAGGCCCUCAGAGUCAGGCACGCAGGACCUCGACCCCCAGGCUCCUCAUUUCCAGGUUCGCAAGUGACCUCCCCAAGAUGGCCGUCGCCGGGGGGGCGGUUCUCCGCGCGACACGGGUGUUGAUUGGGUGAGACGACUCGAUAGUGAGCAAUGAUUGGUUCACAAGGAGCGAGCUGGGCGGAACCGGAAGAUGGUCUGAACCUGGGGUUGCCGGGGUCUUGGGGCUAGGCGUCUGUCCCCGGGGGAUGUGGAGAGUCGGCAGCAUGUCGGCAGAGCUGGGAGUCGGGUGCGCACUGCGGGCGGUGAACGAGCGCGUGCAGCAGGCGGUGGCGCGGCGGCCGCGGGAUCUCCCAGCCAUCCAGCCCCGGCUAGUGGCGGUCAGCAAAACCAAACCCGUAGACAUGGUGAUCGAGGCCUAUGGUCAUGGGCAGCGCACUUUCGGCGAGAACUAUGUUCAGGAACUGCUAGAAAAAGCAUCAAAUCCUAAAAUUCUGUCUUUGUGUCCUGAGAUCAAGUGGCACUUCAUUGGCCACCUACAGAAACAAAAUGUCAACAAAUUGAUGGCUGUCCCCAAUCUCUUCAUGCUGGAAACAGUGGAUUCUGUGAAGUUGGCAGACAAAGUGAACAGUUCCUGGCAGAAAAAAGGUUCUCCUGAAAGGUUAAAGGUUAUGGUCCAGAUUAACACCAGCGGAGAGGAGAGUAAACAUGGCCUCCCACCUUCAGAAACCGUAGCCAUCGUGGAGCACAUAAACACCAAGUGUCCUAGCCUGGAGUUUGUGGGGCUGAUGACCAUAGGAAGCGUUGGACACGAUCUUAGUCAAGGACCAAAUCCAGACUUCCAGCUGUUAUUGUCCCUCCGGGAGGAGCUGUGUAAAAAGCUAAACAUCCCUGCUGACCAGGUUGAGCUGAGCAUGGGCAUGUCCAUGGAUUUCCAGCACGCGAUUGAAGUAGGAUCUACGAAUGUCCGAAUAGGAAGCACCAUUUUUGGAGAACGGGAUUACUCAAAGAAAGCUACACCGGACAGGUGCGCAGCGGACGUUAAGGCCCCGGCGGAGGUGGCCCAGGAGCACUGAGCCAGGGAAUACUGAGAACACUAACUAUGCACCAACCUAGAUUUUCAGUUUGAUAUUCCCUGUGUCCCAGCACAGUCCUGCUCUCCUGUGACCUGCGGAGAGCACUAAUGAUCACGUGUGUUCAUGGAAACCAUCUGUGCUUAGUCCUUGACAUAGGAAGCUCGCUUCAAGCAGCGGCUUUGGAUUCAAUUUGAGAAAUUCAAACGUUUCUGCAGAACAGAUACCAAAUCAAUAGCCAGGAAUCACUUUCAAUAUUGAAUUCUGCCCAGGAGCAGGAACUGGUCCAUGAAUGCCUUUUCCAGGUUAAAAUUUGGUCACUGAUGCCUACAAUAGUAGAAGUCAGAGGGAUUCCACUCUUUCAUCCCAUUUUCAUAGGAAAUUCCUUAUGGUUAACAACUCCCUGCAAACUCCUACUACAUCGUCUAAAUUUCUGUUCUGUGAGAAGGUGAUUUCUGCCCCCAGAUUAUUCCCUAGCCAGUAGAUAUGGGAAGAUAUUCUCGACCCCAGAUUAUUCCCUAGCCAGUAGAUAUGGGAAGAUAUUCUCGACUCUGGAAUAGCAGUAUAGGUAACUUCAGGAAAUGGCUCGGGCCAAUUCUCCAAACACAAAUUGUUGCUGGCCAGGCAUGGUGACUCAUGCCUGUAAUCUCAGCAGUUUAAGAGGCGGAGGCAGAAGGAUCACCUGAGCCUAGGAGUUCAAGACCAGCCUGGGCAACAUCAGGAGACCCUGUCUCUACAAAAAAUUUAAAAAUUAACGGGGCAUGGUGGCUGAGGUGGAAGAAUCACUUGAGCCCAGGAGUUUAAGGCUGCAGUGAGCUGUGAUUGCACCACUGUAUUCUAGCCUGGAUGACAGAACCCGCCUCAAAAACAGAAGAAAAGAAAAAUCUCCCAGUAAUCCAUCAAGGCUUUGAUCUCUUGGGGAGUUCUUCAUAGAUUCUGCCACAUUUCUUAAAGCAACCUUUUAAUAUGCAGAUAAUACCUCCCACCUUUUUUAGAGACAGCCUGUCUCUUUAAAAAAAAAUUAAUUUGGUAAUGAGAGCUUGUGUCACUGCCACUCUGUGGUAUUCUUGAAAUUAAGGGGUAACAUAAGCAGGACUUAGGCAUUUCUGACAUCAUCCUGAAGAGACUGGACUUCAAAUUUUUCCUCUGGGACCUACAGUGAUGAGAAUUUAAUGUUAUCUCUACUAUAAUCCUCCUUAGGAUGAUUUUUGUAAAUCAAAGACCAGUGAAUCUUAUUACUCCUAAGAAAUGAAAGAUUCCUUCAAAGCCUGCUCAGGCACAUGGUUUCAACAAAGCCUGCCUUUGACGUUCCUUAUCCUGAGGAGCACUUUCCAAGCAAGGUUACAGCUUCCCCACUGUAUUACAAGCCAGAAUUGUGCAACUCGUCUGGAUCAUUAAUAAAGUAGCAAGAUCUUCAGAAAGUUCCCAAACACCAUUCUCCAGUAGUCACAGCAGAUGGCUUCAGGAUGGCUUGUUUUUUAUGUUCUAGACGGCUUUUUCUCUUACUUCGUCAAGCCUGUCUUUGAUUUUACAAGUAACUUUCAAAACAUGAUGCUGCUGCUGAAUGUACUUUUGUAAACUUAAACAUUAUGAUUUCUGUACUGUUUCAAUGAGAGCUACAGUGUGAUAUUUCAGAGUCUAUUAAAUAAAAAUGUGAGUUUGAAUUAUACCAUCUGUGCCAAUUACAAAGCAAUUAAAAGAUUUAUUUUUUAUGA